CAGCCAUUAUGUCAUAAUUGAGCUGAACAUUGUUGCACAAUCUGAAUUCAGAAUAUCCUGCUCUGGCUCUAGGCCAGUUGCUGAGUCAGUAUCUUUGGGGUUGAGCAUGGAGGGGGAAGGCUGCAGUGUGUGCAGACCCAUUGUAUUAAUAAGAAUUCCCCUUUGGACUCCUUGGUUCUAGAGGAAGAGCACUGUGAAAGUAGAUUGCUGUUCUUGAUUAGCUUCAUUAUUUUUUUUUCUCAGCUAAUUUUUUCCUGGAAACCUUCCCCUGACAUUGUCAUGUGAACCAACCCCAUUACUAAGUAGACUCUUCUGAAGCAAUGAUCUGGAAAGAGUGACUGCUAAGGUCUAAAGAUUCUAAAACAAACUCAUGUUUACACUGAAGAUUACUUUUCCCUUCUGUUUCACAUUUGUCAGCUUGCUACAGGCCAAGGCAAAAGCAGAGGCAUUUCUAUACAUGAAAAAGAAUGCCAAGGCUUCCCAGUUGUGAUUGAAGAGCAAGAGAAAAGAAUUGGCAAUGAGCAAGUGCCUUUGCAUUCCUGCCUAGAUCUAAUUAAGAUGCUCUGGUUUCAAGGAAAUAGCAUGCAACUUGUCAAAUCCUCCUUUGUACUCUUCUUGAGAAAUCUGUCUGCUUUGAAGACAACUCUGCCUGUGCUGACCUUAUUCACAAAGGAUCCAUGUCCACUUUGUGAUGAAGCUAAAGAACUACUCAAGCCUUACAAAAACAGGUUUAUCUUACAGGAGGUGGAUAUCACCCUUCCCGAAAACUCUGCUUGGUAUGAAAGGUAUAAAUUCGACAUUCCUGUCUUUCAUUUGAAUGGCCGGUUUCUUAUGAUGCAUCGAGUAAACAUCUCAAAACUUGAAAAACAGCUCCUGAAACUUGAGCAGCAAGGUGCUGGAUGUUGACUCAUGCCUUCAUGAUUUUCCACCCUCUCUGUCCAUAAAGCAUCUUCCUGAGGUAAUGACCAUGGCCUCAUACUCUUUUUGGCAGUUUCACGGAGCCUAAAGAAGAUUCUCAACUUAGGGAUACCAUGUAAAUGUUUCCAUUCCUCUUCUGAUUGAUGGAAGUACCAUGUGGGAACAUUUAUUUAUAAGCCUUUUAUAAAAUUAGAUUCUCUUUGCAGGGAGGAGGAUAAUGGAGGGAGGGAGAACCCCAUUUGCUUUAUUUAUUUUUCCCUUUUGUGUUUAUAUGGAAGCACCUCUCAUGAACUGGUCAGUGCUGUUCAUAGGAAGAAGGCUCUCUGCAUUCCUUCUGCUGCCCUGGAGGGCUUAGCUUUUUAAUGAAAGAAUAAAUGCUCUUCCACUCUGUAGAUAAAGUGAAAUGUGAAUCGUUAAUAACUGGGCACAGUCAAUAAAGGAAUGUUUUAACGAAUA